CGUCCGCAGCAGCGGUGGUGCGACGCGGCGCGCACCAUAGUCGUGGCGAAGCGCUCGGCAAGGAGGUGAACGGUGGUCGACGUGAUCUCCCGGUUCGGCACGGUUGGCCGGCGAACGACGAACAGAGCGUUGCGUCGAGCAGUCGCGGGCGAGGCGAUCGACAGUGUGCCGAGAGGUAUGGCCGCGUGAUGCGCUUGUUUGUUCGUGCCGCGUUGACAUCGUCGUCGUUGUCACCGUUGCGACGUGAGCAGCAGCAGCUGAGGAGCGCGCGACAACAGCGAGCGGACACGAGGGACGCGAGCAGGGAACAGCCGAAUCCAAAAUGUGGAGUCCGACGCACGUUCAACUGACAGUUCAGAGAGGCAAGAAUUUACUGACCAAAGGAAAACACAAGACCAACGACUGCUUCGUGACGAUCGCUCUCGGCAAGGAAAAGUACCAGACGUCGGUGAAGGAGAAGGCUACCAAGGACGUGGAGUGGCAUGAGGAAUGCGAGCUGCUGAUCCCGGAACAGGGUAACACUGCAGAGAUCGUCCUCACCGCUCUGCACCGUAACUUCCUGGGGGUCGACGAGUUCCUCGGCACGGUCAGCAUACCUCUCUCCAACUUCGACGUGUACGAGAGACCUAAGAACAGAUGGUACACUCUUAACAGCAAGCCAGGCAAAGAGAACACGAAAGAGAGAGGCGAGCUCGAGGUGAGGAUCGGCUUCAUCGUGAAAGCUGGAAGCCUGACCGAUCUAACUAGAAAGGAGCGUCACAAAAGCUCGUUGGGCCAGUUAUCCACCGCCGCACAAUCGAUCGGUGGUAGUUUGUUGAGCAUCGGCAGUCUCGAGAAACGUAAGGGCCUUAAGAAACUAGCGAAAUCGAUCGGGAACAAAGUCAAAGGCAAAAGUAAGAAUCGACUCGAAGUUGAUAAUCUCGAUGAGAAGGAGGAGCACCAGUUCACCAGGAUCACUCGGCAAGAACCGGGUGAGGCUGAUCCUGGAGUUAUCAGCGAGGACGAGGAUGAAUUCACAUUUGACGAUCUGUCUCACAAGAGCUCAGCCUCGUCUCUGAACACACCCGCGUCAGGUGUGACUGGUGGUAGUACCAAUGGCGUCGGCGUUCCGCACGGCUCGCAGAGCAAUGUCUUCAACGAGCAUCACACUCCACCGGUGCCGGUUAAUGCUGCGCCGAACAAGCCUCCGCGAUUUGCCAUGAGCGCGUCCACGACAAACCUGUCAAAAGUCGACAAUGCGAAGGACGACGAGUGGGGUUUAAAACUUUAUGGCAAGCAGGCCAGCAGCGUUCCUAAGAGGUGGGAACACAAGCCGAAUCCUAAGAUCAUAGUGGACGAGCUGCAGGAUAACAAACGCGAUGCUUCGCCGGCUCGUUCACCAUCGCCAGCGUUGAGAUUGAAGGAACCACCGGAACCGCCCAGUCCAGCGCCGAGGGAAAUCCUGCAGCCGAAGAACAAGGACGAAAAGUUUGCUUCGAGCAAGGAGAAACUACUGAAGGAGGACAAGUCGAGGGACAAAAGAGAAGAUAAACUCGGCACACGCAGCCCCAAGGAAGAGAAGCAGUCAAAGAAAGACAAAAAGAGGGACAAAGAGAACAAAUACAACAACGAGAAUCACCUGUCUUCCGAAAGAAUCAUCAUCGGUGGCGAAGACGCGGUCAAGAAUGCCGCGAACUCAAAGAGCCGCCUACCACACGAAGUCCUGAACCAGUUUGACGGAAAAUCGAGAGAGGAUCUAAUAGAACUGGCGCUGCAACUGCAAGCGCAAGUCUUGGAAAAGAACAAGAGACUCACCGAUCUGGAAGAUUAUAUCGAUGCAUUGCUAUUACGCGUGAUUGAGUGUUCACCGCGAUUACUUCAGAAUCCCUACAUGUCGCAGAGACGACUGUCGUCUCCCGGGCAUCAGUAGAUUAAAAUUCUCAACGAUGAAGCUUUCCUAAUUCUUAAGGGGCCACCCAUAGCUCGCCUGUUGUACGCCUUCUCUCGAUACAUUAGUGAUACUUUCUUAGACAUGACUGACGUAGCAAAUGGCUACGUGUUACUAAACGUUACUACGUACUCUAAUUUAUUUUCUGUCUUGAGCUAUAACUUGAAAAGAUGGACGAAAGAUGGAUGAUGUAUUCUUACAAUGGCGUUGCACAAAUAUGCGUUUCCCCGUAUUUAUUUAUAAUAAGUCAAUGAUAAUUUAUUGAAGCCCAGAUUACCAUCGAUAUGAACAAAGGGUAGGGUGCAGAUGCCAGUUGCUUUGAAAUUCGUCCCGUUUAUCCCCUGUCUUCCCAGUACAUUAUAUCGGAACAGUCAAAAUAUCUUCGAAAACUCGUAUCCGUUCAUAGUCGAAAUCUCCGUCCAAAUCAUCUUUACAGAGAAAUAAGACGGACACGACUAUAUAUCUGUUCAUUAUUAUCUGUUACAUUCUAUAUGAUUUACAGUAUAUAUAUGCAUAAGAAUUGUGUAAGAUAAAUAAGACUCCCGAUAGUGUGAGUUGUACGAGAUCAGACACUCAAGUCGAUGUUCCACUCAAAAAAAUACGUGCCUUCCGUCUUAUAUGCACUCGCAUUGAAUUGGACCAUGCCUUGUUAAUUAGAGCAUUAUUGUUAAAUAAAGAUAAUAUUAAAUGUUCAACGUGGUGUAUACAAUAAACUAGCAAGAUUUUAUAUGUUA